AUGACAUUCCAAUUCCACAAUUCGAUUCCGGCAAGCUGCCUAGUUCCCGAAGAUGAUGCUAUCGUUAUUAGCAGUGACGACGACUCAGAAGAAGACACAGACGUAAAAUCCGACUUCGAUCACGACGACAGCCGGGCUGGCGGUGGGAAAGCCAACGAUGAAGGCACUGAGGGUGCCGAUACUGAGGAAAUCGAUGACAGCAAAGAUGGCACCAGCAAUGACGGUGUUAAUGGGGCCGUCGCCACUGAUUCUAUCGCCGAUGGCUUUGCUGAUACCGACGACGAUACCUCUGUGGCUGGGACAGCCAGCGACCGCGGAAGAGAAGGUGGCCCAACUGAUGCUGCCGGCACCGCUAUUGAGGAGCGUAUGAAGUUGAUGGUCCAGGAAAUGUCUGCGAUUCGCGCUACGCUCGCCCGAAUUGAAGCCAAGUUGCCUCAGAACGCUGUCCCUCCUGAGGUGAAUCACACAUCCACCGCAAUAACUUCUCUUGGCAAACGCAGGCGAACCAGUCCAGCAAGCGAGGUCCCAAAGAGGCAGAGGAAGGCUCGGGGGUAA